AUGAACUUUUUAGAGAAUAAGAGCAUUUUUGUCAUUGGUGCCAUAGGAUUUCUAGGAAAGAUUAUGUUAGAGAAAAUAUUAAGGACUCAACCGAAGGUAAAGAAACUUUAUCUACUUAUACGAAGUGUGGAUGAAAUUACAGCAUCAAAACGUUUCUACGAAGAGGUUGUAAAGAAGGAAUUGUUCAGAGUGUUAAAGGAAAAAUGGGGUGGAAAUCUAAAUACCCUCAUUUCAGAAAAGAUUUAUUUGGUGCCUGGAGAUAUUUCAUGCCCAAAUAUGGGAAUAAAAGACUUAAAUUUAUUGGAAGAGAUGAAGAAUAAAGUGGAAAUAAUGGUUAAUUUAGCUGCAAUUACCAAAUUUGAUGAAAGAUAUGAUAUAGCAUUUGGUACUAAUACAUUGGGAGUCAAACAUAUAUUAAACUUUGCAAAGCAAUGCUCUAAUUUGGAAAUUAUUGUCCAUGUUUCCACUGGGUUUGUUUCAAAUCAAAGGGAAGGACUUAUCUUAGAAACUCCAUGCAAAUUGGAAAAUUCUCUUGAUGGGACUUCAAAGUUAGACAUUGAAAUAGAAGGUCAAAUAAUUGAAGAGACUUUAAAUGAAUUCAGAAAUAUAGAGGAAACUAUAACAACCUUGGCCAUGAAAGACUUGGGACAAAAAAGGGCAAAGGUAUAUGGAUAUCCAAACACAUAUGUAUUUACAAAAGCCAUGGGAGAAAUGGUGAUUAAUGAUGAAAAAGGCAAUCUACCUUUGAUUAUUGUUCGACCAACCAUAGUCACAAGCACUUAUAAAGAACCUUUUCCUGGUUGGAUUGAAGGCUUGAGGACCAUUGAUGGCUUUAUUGUUGGGUAUGGUAAAGGAAAACUAACUCGCUUUCUCUGUGACGUCAAUACUAUCCUUGACUUGAUCCCAGCAGAUAUGGUAAUAAAUGGUAUGAUUAUGAUAAUAGUGGCACAUGAACUCCAACCAAGUCGUCAAACAAUAAUAUAUCAUAUGGGUUCUUCGAUGAGAAAUUCUUUGAGAAGAAUAGAUUUUCACCGCUAUAUUUUCCAAUACUUCACUGAAAAACCAUGGAUCAAUGAAGAUGGAAAGUCCAUCAAGAUUAAAAAACUCACCUUCUUCGACAAUUUGGCUAGCUUCCAUACAUACAUGACCAUUCACCACUUGGUUUUUCUUAAGGGUUUGGAAUUUGCGAACAAGGUGUUCUGUUACUCUUUUCAAGACAUGUACAACAAAUUUCAAAGAAAAAUCAGUUGGGUGAUGCGACAAGUUGAGCUUUAUGAGUCAUUUCUAUUCUUCACAGCUAUAUUUGACGACAGCAACUUAGAAAAAUUGAGAAUUGUUGCAGGAGACAACGGCAUAAAUCCAAAUACAUUGCUUUUUGACCCUAAGGAUAUAAACUGGGAGGAUUACUUCUUGAAUAUCCACAUUCCUGGACUUAUUACACAUGUUAUGAAAUGAUUAUCAUUCAAACAAUCCUUUGUUUCCCUUUAGGUAGAAAGAUUAAAAUAUUGACGUCGACGA